CGUACCUUAAUUUUCGUCUUUCAAUAAAUUAUGUCAAAAAUGUCUUUUCUCUGUGAAACGUUUUGUAAUAUAAUAAUAAAUUUACACAGCCUUCUUUUCUUUACAGUAUCUUCUUUACAGUAUAUUUCUUUUACAGUAUCUUCUUUUACAGUAUUUUUCUUUUACAGUAUAUUCUUUUACGGUAUUUUUCUUUUAUAGUAUCUUUCUUUUAUAGUAUAUUCUUUUACAGUAUAUUCUUUUACAGUAUAUUUCUUUUACAGUAUAUUCUUUUACAGUAUAAGGAAAAGAGAUCUUUUUUUUUUAUUAAUGAAAAAAAAAAUAAUU